CUGUAUGUAUGGUAGGGCUUUGUAGUAGACGCUGUAGUGAGACAUUUUGGAUAGGUGAUCUGUGAUUUUAGAACUAGCUGUUUUAUCAUAUCUAUAUUGCAUUUAUCGUAAACUGUAAUUAUAUCCGCGGGAACCGUUGCUGGUGCUGACAGUUUGUCGGUCGUGAACGAGCGUUCCUCGUGUGUCUCGAAACUCCGCCUGCACGACGAUCGGUCGACAAUGUUUGCAUGUGUACACUACACAGAAGAUAAGGAGCGGGCAGCGCUGCCUGUGGCUCUUAUAAGAGAUUUCGAGCCACAAAGCACAAGUGAUUUCAAGAAGGACGACGUUGUCAUGGCGUAUUGGGCGGACGAAGAUGGAAGAGGCGAGAACUUUUACCCGGCCAACGUCACUGCACUCGCGGACACCCUUGAGGACCUUCUGUGCAAAUUGAAGAACUCCCGACAUUCAUUUCCCAGAGUGAUAUUGGGAAAGCUGCACAAAGGCAACUUGGCUGAUGAAGGGCUCUCCAAGAGAGAAGAGAGAAAAAGGAAGCGAGAAGCUGCCAGGAAGGAACUUGGCAACAUACUGAAGGCAUUCAAGCAGUCGGAGAACUCGGAACUGUUUCGAGACUUUGACGAUGAGAGCAAAGAAUCUGUGGAAAAUCACACCAGGAGCAAGAAAGAUAACACAGCUUCCAAUGAAAUUGAGUGGAAGAAGAUGGAAGCAAGAAUUGAGGACCUCGAAAAACAACUACAAAAUAUAGAAGCUGAGAAAGAGGAGCUUGCUCGGCUGUUGGAACAGGAGCGAGACAGGUCAAGAAGGCUGACGGAUGCCCUCCUCAACAAGAUUGAAAUCGCUCCCACUGCCAAGACAGCCACAAUCGCAAAGGAGGUUGUUCAUGAAAUCUUGGUGCCAGAUGUAUCCCCAGUGUUCUAUGAUUUCCGUGGCACAAGUUUUGUGCCGCCUCCUGCAAGAGCUGGCAACGUGCUGAGUGACCAGGCCGACAGUGACCGGCACGCCUCAGAUGGCUGUGGUCCACCGCAGUCAUACGAAGUGUUGGCGGAGGGUUCAGUGGAAGAUGCCAGUUACAGCCAUGCACUGGAAGAUGAGCUUCUGGACCUGGGGAGGACAGACCAGGCUGAUAUUGAUGACAGUUCUCUUGCUGCAUCAAGCUCUGCACCUCAAGAGCCCAAGCUGUUUGAAGUGGUAGAUGGGAAUGUACACCUUGGGCCAGGCUUAACUAUGCCUGAGAACAAACUGUCGUUCAUUAUGAAAGCUGGCCACGAGAUGAAAGUGGCCAGGGAAAUGGCACGCUUUUUUUGGACGGUCAGCGAGCUGAAGAUUCGCUCAUUAACCGGCCAUUCUAGCUGGAAAAAUUCUGACACCGGAAAGCAGCAGGCGACGCCUAAUAAGGUGACUGCCAUAAUGAAUGUAGUGGAAAAGCUGAUAGCAGAAACUCCGAGCGACAUCCCCGGAGGCAAGCGGCGGGCGCAAGCUCGGAAAGCGAUCCGAGAUCUCUUUGCAGAGAGCGCUCGGCUAGGCCAGCGCGCGAAAGCUAUGGCUUGAAGGGGCCUAUUUUAAUCUUUAUUUCAAAUAAAUAACUUCCUAAGAAA